GGGCAUUGAUUCAGACUAUUCAAGGUUCGUGGAAUAGUCGGACGCGCCAACGGAGCACUUUUAUGGAUGUAAACCUAUAGACAUGUAGGUAAACCUGGCGCGUCCAUGCGCCUAAAGGAAUACAUGUGGGCUCGACUUGUAGCAUUUUUGGGCAGACGUGAUUAUUUUCUCAGCAUAUAGCAGCCUAAAUUACUCGGUGAUGUUUAAAGCAGGAACGGAGUGGCAGUCAAAUUAGAUUAUUGGAUUUGCUGAAACAGAUUACGCCUGUUUCCUCCACGACACAGAAAACAGCAUAGGAAAAAAAUCCACCGUUGAAAUCGUCUAGGAUAAUAAGGGAGAAAGCUGCAGUGUGUGGACUGAAGGGAGAGGUGUAAUCCGCCCUGAGGACGAGAGCAGAAGGGAGGCUAAUGCCACUGGUGCAGACCAGCCAAGACUGACAGGCAGCCAUGUUAACCAGCUUCGUGGAGGGCCUCCUAUGCUGCCUCACAGGAAAAUCGGCCAACGCGGUGGUCCCCAUAGAAACGUCGGAACCCGCCGACGGCUAUGAGUUUGUGGAGGCGAAGCCGGGCCGCGUCCUGCGAGUCAGACACAUCGUCCCGGAGCGGCCGGUGGUGGAGGAGCCCGGCGGCCAGGGCGGCAGCGUGAGCUGCAAACGGAAGAUCACGGUGUACCGGAACGGCCAGCUGCUGAUCGAGAACCUGGGGGAGGCAGGGAAGCAGGACCCGCUGCAGGGCCAGAACGGAGAGCCCGGCAGCACUGCGGAGGUGGAGCUCACGGACUGCAACAGCGCCAGCCCCUCAGCCAGCCCUCCGGGGCCCGAGAGCGGGGAGGCAGGGGGAGCCGGGGCCGGGGAAGAACCAGGGGCAGGGGUCAAACCGACCCCAGACCAGUCCGAUCAGCCCCAGCAAACGCGGAAGCGCAGACGGAAGCCCAAGCGCACGGUGGUGAUAGAUUGCGAGAGGAAGAUCACUUCCUGUAAGGGCACGCACGCCGACGUGGCGCUGUUUUUCGUGCACGGCGUCGGCGGCUCUCUGGACAUCUGGGGCAGCCAGCUGGACUUUUUUUCGCAGCUCGGCUACGAGGUCGUCGCCCCGGACCUGGCGGGCCACGGGUCGAGCUCGGCGCCGCAGAUCGCGGCGGCGUUCACCUUCUACGCUUUGGCCGAGGACAUGAGGGUAAUCUUCAACAGAUACGCGCGGAAGAGGAAUAUUCUCAUUGGACACUCUUAUGGGGUGUCCUUCUGCACCUUCCUGGCCCACGAGUACCCCGAGCAGGUCCACAAGGUGGUGAUGAUCAACGGGGGGGGGCCCACGGCCCUGGAGCCCAGCCUCUGCUCCAUCUUCAACCUGCCCACCUGCGUCCUGCACUGCCUCUCCCCCUGCCUGGCCUGGAGCUUCCUAAAGGCGGGGUUCGCCCGCCAGGGCGCCAAGGAGAAGCAGCUUCUGAAGGAGAACAACGCCUUCAGCGUGUCCUCGUUCGUCCUGCGGGCCAUGAUGAGCGGCCAGUACUGGCCGGAGGGCGACGAGGUGUAUCACGCCGAGCUGACCGUGCCCACGCUGCUGGUGCACGGCAUGCACGACAAGUUUGUCCCCGUGGAGGAGGACCAACGCAUGGCAGAGAUCCUGCUUCUGGCCUUCCUGAAGAUCAUCGAUGACGGCAGCCACAUGGUGAUGAUGGAGUGUCCGGAGACCGUCAACACCCUGCUCCACGAGUUCUUCCUCUGGGAGCCCGAUGUGAAGCCCAGGCCCCGGCCGGAGACGGCCAAGGCCCGGCCGGAGACGGCCAAGGCCCUCUCGGACCCGGGCAGGGCGGGCUCGGACCCGUCUCGACCCCAGACUGCCAUAGCGUCCUCGGCCAGCAACGGGCAGACCCAGAGGACUUCGGAGAGCAAGAACAAGAAAAAGUAACCUCAGAUUGACCUGGAUGUAACCCGGUCUAAGCUGAGACGACUAGCAGGGUGUACUGUUCAACAGAGAUGGUUGUGCUAAGCAUAGUCUCCUCAGACUCUAAGAACUGGUCUGAGCCAGUUGGAACAGGUUUUUCAAACCGGUUUCUGCUCACAUUGGCGUACGAGGAGAUGGAAGCCAAAACGUGGUGUCUGACGGGGCCUGGAUCGGGUCCAGGUCUCAAGACCCAAGCAGAAGGGCAGGACCAGGGGGUGGUACCGAGGGCUGCCCUCACCAGGUGCCCUUAUCCAGGGACAGGCCUUUGGGGGUUGGUGUAGGACCGAGGACUAGGAGCACAGAGAGGUGCUAUCACUCUGCUGCAGCCGAGGCUGAUCCCGGUCACAGUGUGCGUUGCUUGUGACGUUGGUGAGGAUGUCCGUGCUGCCCUAUCCGGAUGUGGCCUGCCGGUGCUGCAGGAUUAAUGAGGUAGAUGGAGGGGGGGGUGGGGGGGGGGGGGCGGCUAAGAGGCACAGAGAGGACGGAAGUCGCAGCAGGGGAAGUAGAUCAUGUGACUUCCCUGACCACUCAGACCAAGGCUUUUCCAAUCAAUCAAUCAGUCAGCUAAGACACUAUAGAUUGUAUCAAUUGAAAUUGGAUUGAUAAAACGAAUCAGUGUGAAUGUACCAAAUCUGUCUAUCAUUUA